AUGCACCCACAAUUAGAAUCAGAAAGAUUUAUAUCGUGCCAUGAAUUUAUUGAAGCACUAAAUAAAUGUCAUCAAAAACAAUUUUAUAAGAGAAUGUUUGGUGUCUGUAAUAACGAAAAGGAUGCAUUAACAGAAUGCUUAAAAAGGGCUUCCUUUGAAGCUAAAAAACAUGCAAUAAUAAAAAAUAAAGAAAAAAGAGGUAUAUUAGAAUCUAAAUGGAAACAAUUUGAUAAUGAUGAAGAAGACAAAAUAUUAAAGAUUAUUUUAGAAAGACAAUUGGCUAAAAAAGAUAAAUCUACUUUCGCAAGUGAUAAUUCUACACCAAAUCAAUCCUGA